GGAGCGGGGCGGCGGCUCCGGGAGGAGCCCUGACAGAGCCUCCACCAUGAGCGUGAGGCCUCCGCAGGCCCAGGACAGGUUGAGCAGCCUCUCCUCUUCCCUGGAUUCCCCCUCGGAGCGGCGGCACCGGCGGCGACCCUCGGAUUCCUCGGAAUCCACAGGGCUGGUGCAGCGCUGUGUGAUCAUCCAGCGGGACCAGCAUGGCUUCGGCUUCACCGUCAGCGGCGACCGCGUCGUGCUCGUGCAGUCCGUGCGGCCAGGUGGGGCCGCCAUGAGGGCCGGGCUGCAGGAGGGCGACCGCAUCGUCAAGGUGAAUGGGACGAUGGUGAGCAACAGCUCCCACCUGGAAGUGGUGAAGCUGAUCAAGUCCGGUGCCUACGUGGCCCUGACCCUGCUGGGAUCCCCCCCCGGAUCCGUGGGAAUUCCGGGAUCCCGGCAGGAGCCGGAGCCCUCGGGAUGUCCCCAAGGGCCCCCCCAGCUCAUCACCGAGCCCAGGCCCCUCCAGGAUGCGGAGCUGCAGCGUCACGCCGCUCAGAUCCUGCGCCGGAUGCUGCGCCAGGAGGAGGCCGAGCUCCAGCAUUUCCAGGAGCUGCGGCUGCGGAAUCCGGGCGCGGCCGUGGAGGAGCAGCUGGAGGGAGCCCGGCGCCGCCUCAGCCAACUCCAGCUGAAAAUCCUGCAGGAAUCCCAGGGAUCCGCG